AUGUUCAUUUUGACCAAAAUCUCCGAUUUGGUUCGGGUCCCACCAGAUCAAUUCCACCGACACCCUAAGGCAGCAAUUUUCCACCAGUUGAACAACAAGUUCGCAAACAAGGUGAUACCUCAUGUGGGUCUCUGCAUUACAAUCUACGACUUGCUGGCAGUCGAAGAGGGACAGUUGAAGCCUGGAGAUGGCGCUGCUUUUAUCAAUACAACUUUUAGAGCCCUAGUGUUCAAGCCCUUCGUGGGCGAAAUCAUUACGGGAUGGAUAUCCCAGUGCACAGUAGAAGGUAUCAAGGUCUCGCUUCUAGGGAUUUUCGACGACAUCUUCAUCCCGCAUAAAAUGCUCUUUGAAGGGUGCUAUUUUUCGCCGGACGACAGCGCCUGGGUCUGGCCCAUGGAUGAAGAGACUAAACUGUACUUCGAUGUCAACGAAAAGAUCAGGUUCCGUGUGGAACAGGAAAUCUUCGUGGAUGUCAAGCCUAAGUCACCGAAAGAAAGAGAGGCUGAAGAACAAAACGAACAAAGUGAAGAAGGUGCGGAUGAAAACAAAAAACCAAAGAUAGAAAAACCACCCGCAUAUGCGCUUCUGGGCUCUUGCCAAACUGAUGGAAUGGGCCUUGUAGGUUGGUGGGAAUGA